AUGGCCUCGUUCGGGCGGGACUUCUGGACGAACAGUAUUCCCAUCAGCUCGCAUUUCGGGCCAAGUUCCACCGGGGUCACCCGUCGGCGAACAGAUUUGCCCACAGACGCGUCCGUCUACUCGGUGGACAACUUCGAGCCCAGGCCACCACAAGAACUGGUGUGCUCGGUUUGCCUGGGCGUGUACCGGGAACCCGUCGAAUGCCCCUGCCGCCACGUGUUCUGCUCGGAUUGCAUACACGGCUGGUUGGUGAACGGUACGGGCCUCGGUGCCGGAAGCUGCCCCGUGUGUCGCCAGAGGUGCACCCCAUCUCAGCUGACGCCCGUGGUGCCCAUCGUGAAUAACAUGAUUGCCAGACUCAACGUGAGGUGCCCGAACCACGGCAUAGGCUGCAACGCCCGGGUCGCCAUGGAAGCUCUGAACCGCCAUAUCGAAUCGUGCCCGCAUCGCAGAUCGCCGUGCCCAGACUGCGGCGUCCAGAUGCGUACCUCGGAGCUGUCCGUGCACCAGCGCGAGCAAUGCCCCAAGCGGCAGGUUCACUGUGAUCAAGGCUGUGGCCUUAGCGUGAGCGCUGAACGGCUGGUCGACCAUAACUGCAUACAAGAGUUGCGCAACUACAUCGAAUCGCUGGAUCGCCAGAUCGAACAAUCGCAGCAGCAAGUGCAGCGUCUUCAACGCCAAGUGGAUGAUCUUACGGCGACCCUGUUGGCGGGACCCACACCUGGAUUUAGCAGCAUCUGGCCCGGCUAUAGGCUGUAAGGCCUGAUACAUGCCAGGGAAUCCCGUAGGGGAACGAAACAUUAGGCCUAUACAAUCUUUGAAAUUACAUGCGUAUACGGCGUCCAACAUUUCCAAAUUUUCUCUUCGAGGCAUCGGGAGCGAAAUUCUAUAUUUCAUCUCUUCUGUUCCGCAUAGAGCAGCCUCGUGUAAGUGAGCGAUAGAUUGUGCUGAGAUACUUAAAAUCUGUCGUGGUCCCGAGAAGAGAUGACAAUGAUGCAACGAGGCACAUUAAAUAUAUGGAACCACCUUUGACCCCAAAUAGUAACUGCUGGUCAGCCACAUUUUUUUCGCUGUAAUUUGGCAUGA